UAAUUACUUUUAAAUGAAUUUUUAAUUUGCAUGAUUAUAUCAAUUGAGCGAUUUAGCAACUGAAAUGUGUUUGGUGGUCAGCGUUAGGUUUUAUUGUUUUAUCAUACAGUCGCUAUUGGAAAGACGAAUUACGUUUAGGAAUUUAGCAAACUACUUAUAUUAUUCAUAAUUUAUAGAGCGCGAAUUCCUCAUUGCGCCGCCGAUAUGACGGAGCCGAGGCGAUUAAAAGGGCACAGCGCCGCCGCCACUUGUUGCAUCGCUUCCCGAGUCCGACCAGGCUUCAUCGCCACAGCCGCCGAGGAUGGUCGCGUUUGCUUGUAUGAUUUGCGGUGCAAAGAUAUUCUGUUCUCUAUGGAUGUGGGGGAUGGGAACCCUGUUUCAUCUUUAUGUUUUAAGCCAGGGAAUGAAGAGAUCAUCUAUGUUUCUGUAGAAAACGAAAUCAAGUGCUUUGAUUUACAUGUGACAACUUCGUGCAAGCAACUUGAAAGUUACAAUUAUAACAAGGAUGAGAUAAAUCAGAUUGCCUGUCACCCAAAAUCUUCUUUUCUAGCUGCUGCAGAUGAUGCAGGAGAUGUAAAGAUUGUUGAUGUUCACCAACGAUGUCUAUACAAAACAUUGAGAGCUGGUCACCAGAGUAUCUGCAGCAGUGUCCAGUUCCUUCCUUGGAGAUCUUGGGAAGUCAUCACUGGUGGUCUAGAUUCAAAACUUGCACUUUGGGACUUCUCCAGAGGGCGUCCAAACAAAAUUAUGGACUUUGGCAGUGGAGGCAAUGCAGGACAGUGCUAUAACCCAGCUUUUGUCCAUGCUCUAGUAGUUCCUGACCUUGAUUUUGUGGAUAGCGUUGGCAAGAUCUGUGUCGUGGCUAGGGGCGAUGGUGUUGUCAAUGUAAUUAAUCUUGAGCCUGAACUUACUUCUCAAAAAUCCAAAAAUUCAUCCAAGUCAAAGAUGGGUACUAAAUCACUACCAAAAGGCAAUCCCCCAACCGCAGAUCAAAAUGACAGAAACCUGCAUUUAGAUUACUCGAUGGGUGGACAUGUUGCUGCAGUAUCCUCUGUGAGCUUUUCCAUGUUUGGAGAGAAAGGGAAGUUCAUCAUUUCAGGUGGAAACGAUAAGUCGGUAAAAGUCUGGGAUUGGUUGAAAUCUUGUGAUGGUGGUGAAACUAGUAACGGCGGCAGUGAUAUUCUAUGUUCCAGCAUUAGCCUGAGCAGAAAGGUGAAUUGGCUCUGCACAACUCCAUCCGAUUCCGAAAAUCUAGUUGUCUGUGACACAUCUAAACUAGUAAAGGUUUAUACUGUUGGUAUAUUGCCAUACUUAGAAAUCUGGUAUUUCCAGCCUGAGCGAGAACAGCCAUUUGCAGAAGGUGGCAAAGUGAAGAUGAUGGAAUCUGGGAUUCCCAUAUGCAACACUUGUGGUGAACAAGUGGGAUUAAACGCCAAAGGCGAAGUGUUUGUGGCUUGUAAUGAAUGCAAUUAUCCCAUCUGCCACCAUUGUUUCGAUUACGAAAUCAAGCAAGGCCGUAGCGCCUGCAUCCGCUGUGCCACUCCUUAUGCUCACGAUGGUGCAGCAGUGGCUGAAGUUGUAGUUGAAGAAUCUGUCCAUCAUAUUCCAAUUGUACAUACUGCUCAGGAAACUGGAGUUCAUGCUAGAAAUGUGAGUACUGUUUCCACAAUAGACAGUGAAUACAUGGAUGAAUCUGGAAAUCCGAUAUGGAAGAAUCGGGUGGAAAGUUGGAAAGACAAGAAGAAUAAGAAGAGCAAAGCUCCGAAAAAGGAUAAAAAAGCAGCAGAAGUUCCACCUGAUCAGCAAAUGGAUGACAAACCUCAGUCAGUGGAUGCUUCUCAACCACUCUCCAAAGUAAUUCCUAUACCAAAAACCCAGCUCACAUCAUACAGAGUUGUGAUCAUCAUGCGUCUCAUCAUCCUCGCCCUUUUCUUCCAAUAUCGCGUGACACAUCCUGUUGAUAGCGCCUUCGGCCUGUGGCUGACUUCUGUCAUCUGUGAGAUAUGGUUCGCCUUUUCUUGGGUGCUCGAUCAGUUCCCCAAAUGGUCUCCCAUCAAUAGAGAGACCUUCAUUGACCGCUUGUCGGCUAGGUAUGAGCGCGAGGGGGAGCCGUCUGAGCUUGCUGCUGUGGAUUUCUUUGUGAGUACAGUGGAUCCAUUGAAGGAGCCUCCUUUGAUAACAGCAAACACAGUCCUCUCAAUCCUCGCAGUGGAUUAUCCAGUUGAUAAAGUGUCUUGCUAUGUAUCCGAUGAUGGUGCAGCCAUGCUUACCUUCGAGUCUCUCGUAGAGACUGCUGAUUUUGCAAGGAAAUGGGUGCCCUUCUGCAAGAAAUUCGCCAUUGAGCCUCGUGCCCCGGAGUUUUACUUCUCACAGAAGAUCGACUACUUGAAGGAUAAAGUCCAACCUUCCUUUGUCAAGGAGCGUAGAGCCAUGAAAAGAGACUACGAAGAGUAUAAAGUGCGGAUAAAUGCUUUAGUAGCAAAGGCCCAGAAAACACCAGACGAAGGGUGGAUCAUGGCAGAUGGAACAUCUUGGCCCGGGAACAACUCACGCGAUCAUCCCGGCAUGAUUCAGGUGUUUCUGGGAAGCACGGGCGCACACGAUACAGACGACAAUGAGCUGCCGAGGCUGGUUUAUGUGUCGAGAGAGAAGAGACCUGGCUACCAGCAUCACAAGAAGGCUGGUGCAGAAAAUGCUCUGAUAAGAGUUUCGGCGGUUCUCACAAACGCACCAUACAUACUGAAUCUUGACUGUGAUCACUACGUGAACAACAGCAAGGCUAUCCGCGAGGCAAUGUGUUUCUACAUGGAUCCUCAAGUAGGCCGCGACGUCUGCUACGUGCAGUUCCCGCAGAGGUUUGAUGGCAUCGACAAGAGCGAUCGAUAUGCCAACCGCAACACUGUCUUCUUCGACGUGAACAUGAAAGGCUUGGAUGGAAUUCAAGGACCAGUCUAUGUCGGAACAGGAUGUGUUUUCAACAGACAAGCUCUUUACGGCUAUGGCCCUUCAAAUCUACCCACUCUGCCUAACAAGUCUUCAUCUUCAUCAUCAUCGUGCUGCUGCUGCUGCCGCGGGAAGAAGCCCGCCAAGGAGAAGGAUUUCGCGGAGACUUACCGCGAUGCGAAGAGAGAAGACCUCAACGCCGCCAUAUUCAACCUGAGAGAGAUCGACAGUUACGAUGAGCACGAGAGGUCGUUGCUCAUCUCCCAGAUGAGCUUCGAGAAAACCUUCGGGCUGUCGUCGGUGUUCAUCGAGUCGACGCUGCUGGAAAACGGAGGAGUCGCGGACUGGGCGAAUCCAUCGCUGCUGAUAAAAGAAGCGAUCCAUGUGAUAAGCUGCGGGUAUGAAGAGAAGACUGCGUGGGGGAAAGAGAUAGGUUGGAUCUACGGGUCGGUGACGGAGGACAUAUUGACGGGAUUCAAGAUGCAAUGCCGCGGGUGGAGAUCGAUCUACUGCAUGCCGUUGAGGCCGGCCUUCAAGGGCUCGGCGCCGAUCAAUUUGUCCGACAGGUUGCACCAAGUUCUGCGGUGGGCGUUGGGAUCAGUGGAGAUCUUCCUCAGUCGACAUUGCCCUCUCUGGUACGGCUUCGGCGCCGGGCGCCUGAGAUGGCUGCAGCGCCUCGCCUACAUCAACACCAUCGUUUACCCUUUCACCUCUCUCCCUCUCGUCGCCUACUGCACGCUCCCUGCUAUAUGCCUCAUCACCGGCAAAUUCAUCAUCCCCACGCUGUCGAAUCUGGCGAGCGUGCUGUUCCUAGGGCUGUUCAUGUCGAUCAUCCUGACGAGCGUGAUCGAGCUGCGGUGGAGCGGCGUGAGCAUCGAGGCGCUGUGGAGGAACGAGCAGUUCUGGGUGAUCGGGGGCGUGUCGGCGCACCUCUUCGCGGUGUUCCAGGGGUUCCUGAAGAUGCUGGCGGGGCUGGACACCAACUUCACGGUGACGUCGAAGGCGGCGGACGACGGGGAGUUCGCGGACCUGUACGUGUUCAAGUGGACGACGGUGCUGAUCCCGCCGACGACGAUCCUGGUGAUCAACCUGGUGGGGGUGGUGGCGGGAUUCUCGGACGCGCUCAACAGCGGGUACGAGUCGUGGGGCCCGCUGUUCGGGAAGGUGUUCUUCGCCUUCUGGGUGAUUCUUCAUCUGUAUCCGUUCCUUAAAGGUCUGAUGGGCCGGCAGAACCGCACUCCCACCAUUGUUGUGUUGUGGUCGGUGCUCCUGGCCUCUGUUUUCUCUCUCAUCUGGGUCAAGAUCGACCCCUUCGUCUCCACCAAUGAUGCAUCGGCUGCAGCGCAGAGCUGCAUCUCCAUUGAUUGUUAACUUCGUUACUUAAAUCGCAAUAAUGGAACUCCUAAGUUGAUAGUGGUUGAGAUUUUUGGGAUUUUGAUUUUGUCAAAGAAUGAGAUGCUGUAAAUGUGAAGACUUAUUCUAGUUUAAUGUGAAGACGUGGAUUUGAAGGAA